AUGGGGAAGAUUUUAGGAAAUGUUGAAACGGUUGUUGUGAUGGUAUUUUUGGGGGCUAUAUUAGUAGGAGUAGGUGAUGGGCGACGAUUAGAGAGUGUGUAUUGUAAAAAUAGUCAAAAGAGUGGUCGCCAUGUUGAUUGUUUCGGGAUGGGUGGGGGUUGGGGUGGUGCACAUGGUGGUGGUGGUUGGGGAGGAGGUGGUAGUGGUGGUGCAAGUUCUGGUGUUGGGAAUGAAAUUGGAGGUGGUGGAGGUGGAGGUGGAGGUGCUAGGGGUGGUAGAGGAGUAGGAGCAGGUGGGGGUGGAAGUGGAGGUGCAAGUGGUGGUGCUAGGGGUGGUGGAGGUGGUGUUGGUGGUGGUGUAGGAGGAGGUGCUGGAGUGGGAGUAGGUGGUAGUGGUGGUGUCGGGGUUGGUGGAGGAGUAGGAGCUGGUGGAGGUGUUGGAGGCGGUGGAGGAGUAGGAGUUGGUGGUGGAGGUGGUGGAGGUGGUGGAGGUAGUGUUGGCGGAGGUGCAGGAGGAGGUGCUGGAGUGGGUGCAGGUAUUGGUGGUGGUGUUGGGGCUGGUGGAGGAGUAGGAGCUGGUGGUGGUGGAGGAGGAGGUGGAGGUGCUAGGGGUGGUGGAGGUGGUGUUGGCGGAGGUGCAGGAGGAGGUGCUGGAAUGGGUGCAGGUAUUGGUGGUGGUGUUGGGGCUGGUGGAGGAAUAGGAGCUGGUGGAGGUGGAGGUGCUAGGGGUGGUGGAAGUGGUGUUGGCGGAGGUGCAGGAGGAGGUGCUGGAGUGGGUGCAGGUAUUGGUGGUGGUGUUAAUGGUGGAGGAGUAGGAGUUGGUGGUGGUGGAGGUGGAGGUGGAGGUGCUAGGGGUGGUGGAGGUGGUGUUGGCGGAGGUGCAGGAGGAGGUGCUGGAGUGGGUGCAGGUAUUGGUGGUGGUGUUGGGGCUGGUGGAGGAGUAGGAGUUGGUGGUGGUGGAGGUGGAGGUGGAGGUGCUAGGGGUGGUGGAGGUGGUGUUGGCGGAGGUGCAGGAGGAGGUGCUGGAGUGGGUGCAGGUAUUGGUGGUGGUGUUGGGGCUGGUGGAGGAAUAGGAGCUGGUGGUGGUGGAGGUGGAGGUGGAGGUGCUAGGGGUGGUGGAGGUGGUGUUGGCGGAGGUGCAGGAGGAGGUGCUGGAGUGGGUGCAGGUAUUGGUGGUGGUGUUGGGGCUGGUGGAGGAGUAGGAGCUGGUGGUGGUGGAGGUGGAGGUGCUAGGGGUGGUGGAGGUGGUGUUGGCGGAGGUGUAGGAGGAGGUGCUGGAGUAGGUGUAGGUAUUGGUGGUGGUGGUGGGGUUGGUGGAGGAGUAGGAGCUAGUGGUGGUGGAGGUGCUGGAGGUGGUGUUAGUGGAGGUGCUGGAGUGGGUGCAGGUGGUGGUGGUGGUGUUGGGGCUGGUGGAGGUGUAGGAGCUGGGGGUGGUGGAGGUGCUAGGGGUGGUGGAGGUGCUGGAGGUGGUGUUGGUGGAGGUGCUGGAGUGGGUGCAGGUGUUGGUGGUGGUGUUGGGGCUGGUGGAGGAGUAGGAGCUGGUGGUGGUGGAGGCGUAGGAGGAGGUGGUGGUGGUGGUGGUGGUGGUGGAGGUGUAGGAGGUGGUGUUGGCGGAGGUGCUGGAGUGGGUGCUGGUGGAGGAGUAGGAGUUAGUGGAGGUGGAGGUGCUGGAGGUGGUGUUGGCGGAGGUGCUGGAGGUGGUGCUGGUGGAGGUGUUGCAACAGGUGCAGGAGGAAGUGCUGCAGCAAGUGGAGGUGUUGGGGCUAGUGGAGGUGGAGGGGUAGGAGCUGGUGGUGGUGUUGGUGGAGGUGCUGGAGCGGGUGCAGGUGCUGGUGCCGGAGGUGGUGCCAGUGUUAGUGCUGGUGUAGGUGUUGGAGGUGGUGGUAAUGUAAGAGGAAAUGCUAAAAAAGGUGCAAGAGUUGAUAUAAGAGGUGGAACAAACGAUGCUGUAAGAAAGACUGAUCAAAAUAAAUCUUAAUUCAAGAAGUCGAAAGUGUUGAAAAUCUUUAUUGGGGUUAAAAUUAAUCAUGCACGUGUAGUUAUGCAUGGUUAUGUCACUUUGUAAGCUCGUUAAUUACCGUUGUUACAUUAAUAUAUAAUAAUGAAAUAAAGGAUUUAGAGAUUUUAUGCUUUGCUUUA